AGCAACGACAAGCAAACACAAUCUCCAUCGACGCCUCGCAACAUCUAGCUCAUCAUGCCGCAAGGGUGGUUCAACCUUGACAACCAGAACGAGGAGAGCAUCUUCAACAAUGUGGGUUUGGGCUAUCUCCGCCGGAACCAAGCUGACACGGCGCAGGAGAAGCCCCAGUUCGACCUCGGCCUGACGCGCAUGCAGCGGCUGUAUGCGUUUGCUGGAUGCUACGGUGCAGGCUUCCUCAUCUCGCUGCUGGGCGGCAUCUUCCUCGUCAUCGGCUUGGCGGGUGCAUUUGCAGUGCUGUUCGGUAUCGGCGCGAUUGUCUCUGUGGUCGGAACCGGCUUCCUCAUCGGUUUUGGCCGCCAGCUCAAGCUCAUGUUCAAGCCCGUGCGAAUCGUCGCUACGAUAGUCAUGUUCGCCGCCAUUGGCAUGUGCUUUGUCGCUGCGUUCGUCAUGCGCCCGGCGUUCCUGUGCAUCAUCUUCGUCAUCAUCGAGUACCUCGCCAUGGCAUGGUACUCGCUGUCCUAUAUCCCAUAUGCGCGUUCGGCAGUCAAGAACCUCGUCUCGAGUGCCGUGUAG